CUGACAGUUUUCAGUGUAGUCGAACAAGGGCCUUACCAGCAUGAAGUUGGAAACCUGCAUCUACUCCGGUUACAAAAUCUACCCGGGACACGGAAAACGCGUUGUCCGUCCUGAUGGAAAGGUUCAAAUCUUCCUUUCUGCCAAAUGUCUUCGAGCAACGAAGCUGAAGCGCAGUCCUAGGGAUAUCCGCUGGACUGUGUUGUAUCGAAUCAAGCACAAGAAGGGAACUCAUGGUGUGGAACAUGUCCAAAAGAAGAAGAUAAAGAAGGCCACUACCACCCUCAAUCGUGCUGUCGCUGGAAUGUCUCUCGAAGCAAUCCUUGCUAAGCGAAACCAGACCUCUGAUUUCCGACGACAACAACGUGAGCAAGCAGCCAAAGCCGCCAAAGAAGCGAACAAGGCAGCAAGAGCAGCUAAGGCCGCACAAAACAAGGAGAAGAAGCCGGUACCACAGAAGAUGAAGCCGCCAAAGCCAGUGAAGGCCGCUGCCCCGCGAGUCGGAGGAAAACGUUGAACGC